AUGAAGUUUGGAUUUCUGUUGGCUUUCACUGCAACUAUGCGGUUGUGGAGCAUCCUCGAGUAUGGUGAUCAAAUGAAGGCAAUGAGUCAAUUGGAAUCGGUUCAGGACUCAUUUAAAUGGAUCACUGUUUAUCUGAUAAAUGCUCAUCAUUCAGCAAAUGUUAUUUACAUUCAGGUAGGAAGUCCUAAAGCAGACCAUAGUUGUUGGGACAGACCUGAGGACAUGACUGGGCCAAGGCCUCUCACACAGGUGAACACUUCUACCCCAGGAACCGAGGUCUUGCUGUCUAGAGUUAACUUUUUUAGGCCAAAAGACGUAUCAAACUCCAAAAUCCUCCAGAAGUAUAGAAAAUCAGCAGAGGCUAUCAUGUGUGGCCUUCUACCGGAAUCUUCAACAGCCACAUCUAGCAGAACUAAUAAUGGUUUAAUAUGGGUAAGUGAAUGGAAUGCUUUGCAGCUGCCCGUGGCGUCUUCAUUUUUAGCUGUCCUUUACAGUGAAUACAUGCUCACAUCUCGGACUACAAAGCUAUCCUGUGAUGGAGAUGCCUUUAUGCCCUUAGAUCUCUGGAAGUUUACCAUAUCACAAGCUGAUUACAUCUUGGGCAACAACCCUAUGGAUAUGAGUUAUCUCGUGGGCUAUGGGGAUAAGUAUCCAGAAUUUGUGCAUCAUAGAGGGGCCCCAAUUCCAGCUGAUGCAACAACUGGUUGCAAAGGGCUCGAAUCAGAUGAACCAAAUCCAAACGUUGCAACAGGAGCACUUGUUGGUGGACCAUUUUUUAACGACACAUAUCUCGAUUUUAGGAACAAAUCGAUGCAGGGAGAACCUAGCACGUACAACAGUGCACUCAUUGUUGGUCUUCUUUCUGGUUUAAUUUGGUUACCACGUCAUCAGUGGUUAGGUCUUUCCCAUAAGGAGAAAAAGGCAUAUCAGUGGACUAAAAUCUUAAGAUGA